GGGGAGGGCCGAGCGGAGGGAGGGCCGAUGCCGCCGCCGGCUCUUCCCGGUCGAGGGUUAUAUAGCGCGGAGCGUGGAGCCCGCUCAGAGGCGGCCGGGAGCGCUCCGACUUGCAAGCGGCGCUGCGCUGCGGAGCCCAGUGCCCAAGUGACAGCCGUGGGGAGUGCAGGGCAGGGGACACGAGACCGCGGGGGCAGCUGCAAGCCGUUGGGCAGCGCUCGACUGCACCGAGCGAGGAGUCGCCCCUUCCUGGCGCUCCCGCUGCCCCGCACCCCACUCUCCCACCCUUUCGCAACUUGGGUCAAGUUGACAACUCCCGCGGCGGCCGGCGGGCCCGUGCGGUCUCCGCUGCGCGCCCCUCCCCCGGGGUGAGAGGGAGCCGCCGCGCCGGCUCCGGGGACGCUCGGGCGGCGGCGGCUUGGCCAUGAGGGCAGCGCGCGCCGCCUAACUCGCGGCUGUCACCGCCGCUGCAGCGGGACCGACCGACCGACCGGCGGGACGGGCGGGCGGCCGCCGGCAGGAGGCGCCGAGCCGGGCGGCUGCCGCGGCGGGCACAGCCCGGGGCCACCGCGCCGAGCCCGGGCGGGAGUGGCCCCGCGCAAGCAGGGAGCGGCGCCGCGCACUCCAGCCCGGAGGGCACCUCGAGGGAGGGCGCGGGGCGCAGCCCUCUGGUCUCGGCGGCUCUGACAGACGCCCGGGGGGCCGGGAGCCGGGCUGCCCUGAGCGGGGUGGGCGCGGACGCUGGACUCGCGCGGGGUUCCGGGCGUCGCGAUGAACAUCGUGGUCGAGUUCUUCGUGGUCACUUUCAAAGUGCUCUGGGCGUUCGUGCUGGCCGCGGCGCGCUGGCUGGUGCGGCCCAAGGAGAAGAGCGUGGCGGGCCAGGUGUGCCUCAUCACGGGCGCCGGCAGCGGCCUGGGCCGCCUCUUCGCGCUCGAGUUCGCCCGGCGCCGGGCGCUGCUGGUGCUCUGGGACAUCAACACUCAGAGCAACGAGGAGACCGCGGGCAUGGUGCGCCACAUCUACCGCGACCUGGAGGCGGCCGACGCCGCGGCGCUGCAAGCUGGGAAUGGUGAGGAAGAAAUUCUGCCCCACUGUAACUUGCAGGUUUUUACCUACACCUGUGAUGUGGGAAAGAGGGAAAAUGUCUACCUAACGGCGGAAAGAGUCCGCAAGGAGGUCGGCGAGGUCUCAGUCCUGGUCAAUAAUGCCGGCGUGGUCUCUGGGCAUCACCUUCUGGAAUGUCCCGAUGAGCUCAUUGAGAGAACCAUGAUGGUCAAUUGCCACGCACACUUCUGGACCACAAAGGCUUUUCUUCCUACCAUGCUGGAGAUUAAUCAUGGUCAUAUUGUGACAGUUGCAAGUUCCUUGGGAUUGUUCAGUACUGCUGGAGUUGAGGAUUAUUGUGCCAGUAAAUUUGGAGUGGUGGGUUUUCACGAAUCCCUGAGCCAUGAGUUAAAGGCUGCUGAAAAGGAUGGAAUUAAAACAACGUUGGUUUGCCCUUACCUUGUAGACACGGGCAUGUUCCGAGGCUGCCGAAUCAGGAAAGAAAUUGAGCCUUUUCUGCCCCCUCUGAAGCCUGAUUACUGUGUGAAGCAGGCCAUGAAGGCCAUCCUCACCGACCAGCCCAUGAUCUGCACCCCCCGCCUCAUGUACAUCGUGACUUUCAUGAAGAGCAUCCUCCCUUUUGAAGCAGUUGUGUGCAUGUAUCGGUUCCUAGGAGCAGACAAGUGUAUGUACCCGUUUAUUGCUCAAAGAAAACAAGCCACAAACAAUAAUGAAGCGAAAAAUGGCAUCUAAGGAUCUUUUUUGUACGGAAUAUCAUUUCUACCAGAAGACGAUCAAGGUGUUUGUCUGAUCCACAUCAGCAUUACUGACAUUCUCUGGAUUCUAAACCCAUGUUGACUUUUUUUUUUAAUCAACUUUAAAAAAAUAAAUAAAGUGCAAAUUAACCGACUAGAAUACUUGGAAAAUGUGAUCAGCAAAAGUGAGCUUACGUUGUUGCCAACAGGGUCCUUUGAGGCAGAACCCUAAAACGAGUCAAAUCUUUUAGACAAGCACUGUGUGACGUCUCCAGGCUACCAUUAUUUUUCUUAAAGAGCAGAAAGUCUAGAGAUGAUAACGACAGUGUGUUUCACCUGUGUGGUGUUUUUUUUUUUAAUCUCCAUAGAGUUUAUUAAUUCCUGUAAUUAAACUCUAGCCAAUUGACACCCUUGCAACUUCAAGGACUGAUAGUGCUAUAUUUUCUCAUGUUUUCGAAGUUUCAGUUUUGCAAAGCCCGUGUGGCUGUUUGUGGUGUUUGUGGGUACAGCUCUUUUAAAAAGGAAUUUUGAAAUCUCCAUCAAUUCGAAGUAAAUGAUGUUUGAUUGUUACAUUAACAGGGAUCAGGUUUCUUUUUUAAAGUCAUAAGGACUAAAGUGUUAGCCAAAUUUUUAAUUUUGUCUCUGAAAUCUUUCCUUAAGGCUCUAUUCCUCUGGAGACCUAGUUAUCCACAAAGGUCAUACAUUUUCUACCUGUGAAUUUUGCUGCAUCCAGAAAGUGCCCUUUCCUCAGGAAGUUGCUGUGCUUCAUUUAUUUGAAUGGACUUUUAUCUAGAAUACAUAGCAGCUCUGCAAAGGAACAGUUUCUAAAAAUGGGAGCUUCUGCAUUAAAAAAAAAAAGUCCCCAUUUUUGUGCCAACUAUGAUUAGUGAGGGGGAAAAAAUCAUAUUCUAUGGAGUACGUAUGGAAGGUUGUAAAGAUUCUUUUGAAAGUUUUAUUCACAUUGUAGAACAGCAAUUGACAUUUUUACAGUAUUUUUUUGUAAAGCAAACUAUUUUGUGCCUUGAAUUUGGUAAAUGUGUUUUAGUGAAAUGUUGUUAAAGUGGACUUCUACCUCUGUAUCUAAAUGUAUACCAUCCACUUGUAAAUUACUAUAAACUAUUAUGUGAUUGCUUUUUUUUUUUUUUUAGAAUGUCUUGUUUAAAUAGCGACCGAUGUUUAAGGCUAUUAAAAUAAGCCACCUUUUACUAAUUAAUUGGGAAGUUUUAUAAAGGACUGAUUAAAUUUAAAGAAUUAACUUA